CGCGCCAGUCUUCUUGCAGCAGGCGCGCGGCCGGCUGCUUGUUGGUGCGCGGAGCGAACAACACACGAGUUCGCGGUCAUAGGCUCGAACGAACAUCGAAUCGACGGUCAGUGCGGUGACCAUGAUGAUGGACAACGGGGUGAUGAAUAACUAUGAUGGGUACCCAGACGGGUACAUGGAACAGGAGGAGGAGUGGGAGCGGGAGGGUCUCCUAGACCCGGCUUGGGAGAAGCAACAGAAAAAGACCUUCACAGCAUGGUGCAACAGCCACCUGAGGAAAGCCGGCACCGGCAUCGAGAACAUCGAGGAAGACUUCAGAAAUGGCUUGAAGCUGAUGCUGUUGCUGGAGGUAAUCUCCGGAGAGACCCUGCCGAAACCCGACCGCGGCAAGAUGCGCUUCCACAAGAUCGCCAACGUCAACAAGGCCCUCGACUUUAUCGCAUCCAAAGGCGUCAAGUUGGUGUCCAUCGGUGCUGAAGAAAUCGUCGAUGGCAACCUCAAAAUGACCUUGGGUAUGAUCUGGACUAUCAUCCUGCGAUUCGCCAUCCAGGAUAUCUCAGUCGAGGAGAUGACCGCCAAGGCAAGUCUGCUCCUCUGGUGCCAACGCAAGACGGCUCCUUACAAGAACGUGAACGUUCAGAACUUCCACCUCUCCUUCAAGGACGGUCUCGCAUUCUGUGCACUCAUCCACAGACACAGACCAGACCUCAUCGACUACAGCAAACUCUCCAAGGACAACCCCCUGGAGAACCUCAACACCGCUUUCGAUGUGGCUGAAAAGUAUCUGGAUAUCCCCAGAAUGUUGGACCCCGACGAUCUGCAGAACACGGCGAUGCCUGACGAACGGGCAGUCAUGACGUACGUGUCUUCCUACUAUCAUUGCUUCUCUGGCGCGCAGAAGGCUGAAACGGCCGCGAACCGCAUCUGCAAAGUUCUCAAAGUCAACCAGGAGAACGAACGCCUGAUGGAAGAGUACGAGCGUCUUGCCAGCGAUCUCCUCGAUUGGAUCCGUCGCACGAUGCCCUGGCUGAACAGCCGCCAGACUGACAACUCGCUCGCGGGUUGCCAGAAGAAGCUGGAAGACUACCGAACUUACAGGCGUAAGCACAAGCCGCCCCGCGUAGAACAGAAGGCCAAACUGGAGACCAACUUCAACACCCUGCAAACCAAGCUGCGCCUCAGCAACCGUCCCGCGUACAUGCCCACUGAGGGCAAGAUGGUCUCUGACAUCUCCAACGCAUGGAAGGGCCUAGAAAUCGCCGAGAAGGCGUUCGAAGAAUGGCUGUUGAGCGAGAUGAUGCGCCUCGAGCGUCUCGAAUACCUUGCCCAGAAGUUCAAGCACAAGGCCGACAUCCACGAGGACUGGACCAGGGGCAAGGAAGAGAUGCUCCAGUCGCAGGACUUCCGUCAAUGCAAGCUGAACGAGAUCAAGGCUCUGAAGAAAAAGCACGAAGCCUUCGAGUCUGACCUCGCCGCGCACCAGGACCGCGUCGAACAGAUCGCCGCCAUCGCACAGGAGCUCAACUCCCUGGAGUACCACGACGUGGCGAGCGUGAACGCGCGUUGCCAGCGCAUCUGCUCGCAGUGGGACCGCCUGGGUGCGCUGACACAGCGCCGCCGCCUCGCCCUCGACGAUGCCGAACGCGUGCUCGAGCAGAUUGAUCUGCUGCACCUCGAGUUCGCCAAGCGCGCUGCGCCUUUCAACAACUGGUUGGACGGUACCCGCGAGGACUUGGUAGACAUGUUCAUCGUGCACACCAUCGAAGAGAUCUCCGGUCUCAUGGACGCGCAUGCACGCUUCAAGGCCACUCUGGGCGAGGCCGACAAGGAGUACCAGGCUAUCGUCAACCUGGUGCACCAGGUGGAGUCUAUCGUCAAGCAGCACCAGAUCCCUGGUGGUCUUGAGAACCCCUACACUACACUGACUGCUCACGAGCUGAACCGCAAGUGGUCGGACGUGAGGCAACUGGUGCCCCAACGCGACGGCACCCUGGCCGCCGAGCUCCGCAAGCAGCAAAACAACGAGACCCUUCGUCGCCAGUUCGCCGAGAAGGCCAACGCCGUCGGACCCUGGAUCGAGAGGCAGAUGGACGCUGUCACAGCUAUCGGCAUGGGUCUUCAAGGCUCCCUGGAAGACCAGCUGCACCGACUCAAGGAAUACGAGGCGGGUGUCUACGCGUAUAAACCGCACAUCGAGGAGUUGGAGCGCAUCCACCAGGCCGUGCAAGAGGGCAUGAUCUUCGAGAACAGAUAUUCACAAUACACAAUGGAAACCCUGCGUGUGGGCUGGGAACAGCUAUUGACCUCCAUCAACCGCACCAUCAACGAGGUGGAGAACCAGAUCCUGACUCGCGACUCCAAGGGCAUCACCCAGGAACAACUCACCGAGUUCCGUGCCUCCUUCAACCACUUCGACAAGAACCGCACCGGCCGCCUGGCACCUGAGGAGCUCAAGUCGUGCCUAGUGUCGGUGGGCUACAGCAUCGGCAAGGACAGGCAAGGAGAACUCGACUUCCAGCGCAUCUUGGCUGUCGUCGACCCCAACAACACAGGCUACGUAUCGUUCGAUGCGUUCUUGGACUUCAUGACGAGGGAAUCUACAGACACAGACACCGCUGAACAAGUCAUCGACAGCUUCAGGAUCUUAGCUGGUGACAAGCCCUACAUCACAGCAGACGAGCUGCGUCGCGAGCUGCCUCCGGACCAGGCGGAGUACUGCGUCGCUCGCAUGCCGCCGUACCGCGGGCCUGGCGCGCCGCCCGGCGCCCUGGACUACAUGGCCUUCUCCACCGCGCUCUAUGGCGAAACUGACCUUUAGACACAGGUCCCACAUCGCUGGUCAUCAUCACGACAUCAACUCUCUCGGAGAAGGUAUCGAAGCUACAUAGGAGAACAAGAAGAUUCACGGCCGUCACCGCUCAACUAACACCAGGGCCCAGACACUGCGGUGUCGCCGCCACGACGCACAAAAAUUAUUUCCCACACAUUGACCCCAACCGCACCCUCGCCCUAAACACUGGUCAAUGUAUCGCAAACAAUUUUUGUGACAUUUAUAGUCUUAAAACAGUUCUAUUAUAAAAUAUGUGCAAUGUUCAAACCAAAAAUGCCAUUAACUUUCAUACCGUAAAACUCUUCUCCCUAAUGUUUCCUGUAACCUUUUGGCUCAAAUCAGAGAAUCAUUUAUGUUUACAACAAACUAUUUAUACAUUAGUAUUAGGUAUUUUUAACUUUUAUAUAAAAUUCUCAGGGAAGUCACAAAACAUUUAUUUGUAAGAUAAAAUGGUGCUAAUGUUAGGCUUGACUAAUGUGUGACACCAAAAUAAGACUCAUUCACAUUGUGAGAAUGUUUUUGUUAUAUUUUUUUUUAUUUUUAAGCAAACAUUAUUUAUAUGAAAGUUUAAAUCUUUAAUUACUGCCAUUAGUAAUUAUAGUACUUGGAUGGUAGGUACGUAACAUAUUUUAAGUUCUCUAAAUUUAUAAAUGUUGCAGGGAAGUGUCACACAAAUUUAUUUAUAUCAUGUAUUGCCAUAACUUGCCUGCAUCUAUUUAUUUAUCAUUUGAAUAUCAUUUUUAUAUAAAAUUAUAUCGUUUGUGAGAGUAUUUUGGAAUGAGUACUCAAAAUAAAUGAUCUGCCAUAUUUUGUCUUUUAAUGACUACGUUGAUUAUCCAUCAAGUGUAUUAUGAUGAGGAGACAGUGGUACGUAGAGUAAGAACAAAUCAUGUGCCCAAAAAGUAAAAGUAUACUAACUCGAAUGUACAGCUAAUUUAAAUAAAGAGCUCUUAAACACA